AUGGAAAUAACUGAUCAUUUCAGACGUAUUAAACUGUAUCGCCAAUUUGGCACUGGCAUAUUUACCUGCCCGAGGAACGUGGCCGAUAGCGUACUCGUUCUAGCCGUCCUCGUGGCCGCCGCUCUCGCCCGUCCAGAUAGCCCGCCUACCUAUGGCUACUCUCCUCCCACGCCCUCUUACGCACCCGCCAAGUACGACUUCAACUACGCCGUCAACGACCCACCAUCUGGCAACGACUUCGGACACCAGGAAGCCCGUGAUGGCGACCACACACAGGGAUCCUACUACGUCCUUCUUCCCGACGGUCGUCUGCAGAAGGUCACUUACACCGUCAACGGAGACUCCGGUUACGUGGCUGAUGUGACCUACGAGGGAGAGGCUCAGUACCCCGCCCCACAAGCCACUUAUGGACCUCCUCAGCCUUCCUACAAGCCACCCACCCCCUCCUACGCUUAAAUAUGUGAAGGGAAAAUAACUGUUGAUUGUAUAUUUAUUGCAUAUUGUAUUAAACAGGCACAUUUAACAUU